AUGAACAAGCUUCGGAGCUUCUCUCGCAAAGAGGCGGUUUCACCGCCCAAGGAAAAAUCCUCACUUCCCAGGCGCGUGGAGACGGCGGAAUCCCGGGGCGAGCUGAGCCCGGCCCUAUCGCCCAUCGCCACUCUGCUCACUGCGCAGGCCCAUCGCAGAUACCACGAGGGAGUAUUUAUGAUUUUGAAGGAUUUGGAUUCUGAGGGCCAGCCUGCGGAGCGCAAAUGGGAGGAGGUGUACGGUGUUCUCACAGGCAACCAGCUCGCGGUUUACAGAGUGGAGGAGGUGGAGCAGGUGCCGUCGGUCGACUCGGCUAGCAAGCCGUCGUACAUAAAUUUCACUGACGCUACAUUUAAGGCGAUCGACCAGCUGCCGUCCUCGGGCGGCAAUUUGAAAAACGUCAUCAUCGUGUCGACUACGCUGAAAAAUAGGUACCUGAUCCAGAUCUCGUCCACCGAGCAGUUCCGACGGUGGCACGCGGCCUUCCGACUCGCGGCGGCCGAAUACCGACUGUUGCAAGAGGCGUACACGGGAGCGCUGCUGAGCGCGCGCGGGUCGCUUUUGUCGGACAUCAAGGUCAUUUUGGCAGAGACGAAGUUCGACCACGAGGAGUGGACGAGCGUCAGAUUCGGCGCCGGGAUGCCCUGGAAGCGGUGCUUCACGGUGAUUGAGCCUCCAGCGAAAAAGAGCAAAAAGAGGUUUGUGCCGGGCCGCGUCGUCUUCUACGAGUCGGAGAAAAAGGGCAAGAAGCUGGCCAUGGCCACCAUCACCGACGCCAACUCCAUCUAUGCCGUGUAUCCGCAAAACUACGCGGUCAUCGACCACAGCACAAUGAUCAAGCUGGACGGCUCUAUUGUGUUUUCCAAGUCGGAAGGCACUAAGGACUGCUCCAUCUUCCUGAUGCCCGACCAGCACUCGUCGGUGCCGGGUUACGACACGCUGAUCCGGUUCCUGAUCCCGCUACUGGACGCUUUCCAUCUGUACGGACGCCCAAAAGGCCUUAAUGCCGAUAAGCUCGACCCCAAGUCGCUGCUGUUUGCGCUGCCGGUGCUGCCCAAGGUGCACUACCUUGAGGUGGACGAUCUGAUGCAGCUCACAGCCAGCGCCACGACGAGUUCCUGGACGUCGUACCAAUGGCAGCAGGGCGUGAAGGACAUCUUGAGGCCGAAGGUGGCCAUGGGCUACGACGGCUGCGGCUCGGUCGAGGGCACAGCUGGAGCGGUGGGGAUGCUGGAGUUCUCCAGAGACCUUGCUGCGGGCAAAGUGCGGUCUUUCUCGAACCCGCAGUCUCCUACGAUGACGCCAAAACCGCAGUUUGGAAUUGACAGAGGAAAACAUAUGUCUGGUCUGGCCAAGGAGAUUCCAAAGGCAGAGGAAAAGACCCCAUCUCAGAACGUGGUGGACGUGAAAGACAACGAGGACGGUGGCUCAUUGUACUCCGAGCUGCGGUUUAGACAGCGCGAAGAGCAAGUACUGACCCCUGAGCUCCAGCCAGCCAGCGAACCACAGCAAAAACAGUCGUCACCGGGUGGCCUGGCAAAGAUUUACUCCAAGUACGCCCAGCUGCCUGACUAUGACCAGCUAAACGACUCGCUGGCCAACUUGGACGUCAACAAAGACGCAAUUGAGGACCUGUAUCCUAAGGAGGAAUCGGAUGGGGACGAAGACGACGAGGAUGACUACGACAUCCAGAUCAUCAAUCCAAGCACCAGAACCCCCGCUGUAGUCAAGUCGUCUCCGUCGCCGGGCCCUGACACCCCCCCAACCACGAGGCCGCACGCGCCAUAUGGCCAGCCGAACCCGCGGUUUGGCAGCACACCCUCGCUAGCUUCGUCCACAGACUCUGGCGAGUGCUCCGAGAAAAGAGGUUUUUCUCAGGAACGAGUCGUAUCGCCGUUCACAGCGUUCAACAGGUCGUACCAAGAGGCCAUCCAGCCCAGCUUUGCGUACCAGGCGCCUCCUGAGCGGCAGGAGUCCAAGGUUCUUGAAGUGCCGAGACAGAGGCCAUUUAGACACGACGCAGAGAGCGGGAACUCUUAUGCUCCGGCAGUAGAGCUGCAAAACCCGCCGCAAAGACCGUCCCAGACAUAUUACGACCCACAACGAUCCGGCUCCUCGGGCUCUGUAGAGUACAGACCAGCCCAGCAAAAACACCAUUUCCAGCGAGCUCCUCCAAACAACAUAGUCUCGCAGCAGGUGGCGUACGGCGGGUAUCAGAACCCGCAGCUACAGCCUGUGCCGGGCCAGAAGCUGCAGUCUCCGUACAACCCUCAGGGCCCUUCCAUGUACGACUACCAGUCUGCUCCGCGACCUGCACCGCCUCCGGCUGCCGGUUAUGCGAACGGACACCCGAACGGCUACUCUGCUCCGCAGGCGCCAGCGGCCAACAUGUCGUCUCCGCGCCGCAGACCGCCGCCGCCGCUGAACCACUCCCAGCAGUACUAUCCACAGUCGCCGAACAUGAUUCCGCAGCGCUUGUAUCAGCAGCAGUACGCCAGACCGUACGCGGAGCCGUCUAACCAGCCGCCUAGCCAGCCGCGGAGGGACAAAAACAACCCGUAUGCGCUGGCCAAGAGCGCGCACGAGACCACCGUUUCGUACCACAAAAACCCGUACUCCAGCUAA